AUGGUCAAACUCGCAAUCAUCACCGCCGCUAACAGCGCUUUGAUCAAAGCACAACCACUUACCGCCGUCUUUGUGGGCGCGACCAAUGGAAUCGGAGAAUUCACAGUUCGAGAACUCUGCAAAACUCAUGGUCAUGAGGGACCUGGUUUGAGGAUCAUCAUUGUCGGUCGCAAUGAAGAAGCCGCUCGGAAUAUCAUAGACGAGUGUGAACUCACCUGCUCUGCUACUCAAUUCCGUUUCGUACAAGCAGAGGAUAUCAGUCUUCUUAGAAACGUGGACAAAACAUGCACCAAAAUCCAAGAGAGUCUGCAAGGACUAGAAGCACCCGGCAUAGACAUCUUGAUCCAAAGCCAAGGCAGAGUAGAAUUCGGAGGACGAAUUGACACGAAAGAAGGCCUCGACAAAUCAAUGUCCUUGCUCUAUUACUCACGCAUGCGAUUCAUCAGAAACCUUCUUCCGAACCUGCUUUCUUCGCCUCUACCCGCCGGCGCGAAAAUUAUCUCUGUCUAUGCAGGCGGCAUGGAGGCACAAGGCAGCUUGUUUCCAGACGACCUAUCUCUUGACCAGCACUACUCAUUUGCCAACUGUCGUACACAUUCGGUCGCCAUGAAGACCAUGUUCUUCGAGGAUUUGGUGGUGAAACACCCUGGCAAGAUCUCUUGUUCUCACAUCUACCCCGGCUUGGUUGUCCACAAAGGUUUCGAUGAUCCAAGUUACCCAUUGUGGUUCAAGAUUGCGUGGAAGGGUGCAAAGCCUUUCACAAGAUUCCUGCCCAUGUAUCUCACGGCCGAAGAGAUUGGCCAGAGAGUGCUAUAUCUCGCAACCGACAGGUUCCCAGCCAGAGAAACUGAGCAGAAGUUGGAGGGAUGUGUCAGAGCGACUGAUGGUGUCGUAGGAGGUGGUGCGUACUCUGUCACGUACACGGACGAGAUCAAUGAUGUCGGUAAAUUCUACCAGAAGCUAAGGCCUGAAGGUUUCAAGGAGUCAGUUCUCCAACACACUGGGGACGUGUUCGAAGCUAUUGAGAAGGAUGGCGUUUUCCGGGCUACGAAGAAAACCUAA